UCGAACGAAAAUAGCUUACUUUCGUAACGACAUUUUCUUACUUAAGUUUAGUUUUUUCUGUAGAAAAUCGAAUGUUCGGAUGGUAAGCGUACGUUAGCAGUUUGUACGAGCAGUUUACUCCGUUGGUACGAACCCCGAAAGCCAUGUACACACGUUCAAACGAUGGCCAUGCAUCUGCUUCUACAAACGUUACCGAACGUAAAUCCCAACCAGCGGUCAAAUUCUGCUAACAAUCUAAGCCCAAUUUCGGGCUAGGUUUUCGUAAUGUGUUGAUUCGGUUCGACGGUUUUGUUUGCGUAUUCCACGUGCGUCCGUAAUAGUUAUCCUUACAGUGAAUUAAUUCCUUGUUAGCCGUCGAAACCAAAGCCGUCCGAAAUGUCAUUCCGCGAUUGGAAGAUUGUGCGGGUGCUGGCCGGAAUAGCGAUGCGGAUAUGGGCCGCCAGUGGCGCCGCUCUGUUGUCCGCUUUCCUGAUCUACAUGGUGUACGGUGGCUUUUUUGCGUUUCUUCUGCUUUUGUUUGCAGUUUCGGGUAUUCUGUACCACGCACAAGACAACCUUCUGUACCAUCCAGAGCUGCCGGCCAAUUCGCGCAUAUUUAUACCCGUUCCGUCGAUGCACGGAUUGCCUUACGAAACGUUACACCUGAAGACGCGAGAUGCCGUUUCACUGCACGCCUUCUGGAUUCGGCAUCCAGGCGACAAGGGUCGCUACGUACCGACCAUAGUGUACUUCCAUGGAAACGCCGGUAAUAUGGGCCAUCGGUUGCAAAACGCUAGCGGCUUCUACCAUACGCUACAGUGCAACGUGCUGAUGGUGGAGUACCGUGGGUACGGUCUGUCAACGGGGACACCGAGCGAGAAGGGAUUCUUUGCCGAUGCUCGUUCGAUACUGGAUCAUCUGUUUAGCCGGCAUGAUUUAGACCACGGGCAGAUAAUAAUCUUUGGCCGUUCGCUCGGUGGUGCCGUGUCGAUCGAUCUGGCCGCUGAUGCGGUGUACGGUUCGAAGAUAAUGGGUGUGAUUGUGGAGAACACGUUCACCAGCAUACCGGACAUGGCGGUGGAAUUGAUACACCCGGCAGUGAAAUAUUUGCCACUGCUGCUCUACCGAAACCAGUACCUGUCCGUGGACAAGAUUCAGUUCAUUUCCGCCCCGAUACUGUUCGUUUCCGGCCUGGCCGACACUCUAGUGCCUCCGAGGAUGAUGACGAUGUUGCACACGCGAUGUGGCAGCACCCGCAAACAGAUGCUGCAAAUUGUUGGUGGAUCCCAUAACGACACGUGGGCUGUGAAUGGGUACUACCAGGGUGUAGCCCAAUUUCUUAAGGAGUGUAGAGAAACCAAAGGACCACUACAGACGCCCCCGGUAAGCCACAACGUGUGGCCAAACAUUGAGGAAGUGUGAGGCCACUGCCACUGCCUUACGUUUUGCGCUACGAGCCGGCACACCACCGCACAUAGGCCUGAUACCGUGAUGCUUGCCAAAAAUGUCGGGUCAUAGGUAUACCCGGGUUGAGGGAGGGUUGAUGGAUAGACUAGCAAUUGACCCGGUAAUGAUGAUGAUGACUUAACGCGAUUGUCGGCACGGAACAUUACUGCGGAACCGUCGCCGGGGUGCCUAACUUGCCUACGAAAUGUUCAUCCUAACCGCAAAAAGUUACGCUGCUCGCGGCGAACGCUGUAGCGCCCCGCAAACAAUUAGAAUCUAGCCAACAAGCGCCACAUCGACACACCUGCCUGCGGCCAUAAGGGGAACGCAAUGAGGGACUUUUGGAACAGCACGGGAUUUCUGCAAACAAACCGUAACGGACAUCCGCACCAUCAUUCACGCCCCCCACGAGAGACAGUAAACAAUAAGCGGUUAAAGUUUUGAGCAUUAGCAUAAUAACAAUAUUAAAAUAAUAAAUUAGCGUU